AAUAUUUGUCGGCGCAGGGCUCUGGUCGGCGUGCUAAAAAAAAGAGGUAAACAAAAAGAUUUGCGGAAAAUUGUUAAAAUUUUAAAGAAAAUUUAAUACUAAUUUAAAAAUAAAAAGUAAAAAAUGGAAACAAAAGGCGUCGCCCAUAAGUUAGAUGCCAAAGAACGAACUGACGAUGUGCGUCUUAAAGAAUUAGCGCCUUUCAGUAAAAUGUUGCUUUCCGAACCAGUGCGUAAGGGUUUACAUGCAGCCGGCUUUAUGUAUCCCACGGUAAUACAGGCCACUGCCAUACCAGUGGGUAAAUCGGGAAUGGAUCUUUUGGUUCAAUCUAAAUCGGGCACUGGAAAAACUUUAAUUUUUUCCACCAUCGUGCUGGAAUUCUAUCGCAGUGACUUGCGGGAACCUCAAUCGCUGAUUGUGGCUCCCACUCGUGAAAUUGCCGUGCAAAUUGAAGAAAUUCUUAAUGAAAUUGGUAAAUAUUGUGCGGGGUUCCGUGCCGUUUGUGUAAUUGGUGGUAUGGAUGUGGCCGAAGAUCGUAAACGUUUGCAGGUUGCCAAAUGUGUGGUCGGUACUCCCGGCAGAAUUUUACAUUUAAUACAAAAUGAGGUAUUAAAUACUUCGCAAAUAUCGCUGUUGGUCUUGGAUGAGGCUGAUAAAAUGUAUACACAAACUUUUCGCCAAGAUUUACAGAGAAUACGCAAAGCUUUGCCGAAUCGCAAACAGACCAUAGCCUGCAGCGCCACAUUUGUGGAUAAUUUAGAUAAGGAAUUAGCUAAAAUUAUGAAAAAUCCUUUGUUGAUAUCGACCGAGGAGCGCGCUACUCUCUUGGUGGGAAUUAAACAAUUUGUGUAUGAAUUACCCGAACAGAAAACUAGUAUUCUGGAAAUGCAGUUGAAACUGGAGGCCUUAAGACACUUAUUUGGCAGAAUAGCUUUUAAACAGUGCUUAAUAUUUGCGGGAUCUCAGUCACGUGCUGAUUCGUAUCGCAAUUAUUUAGAAAAGGAUGGUUGGCCUUGUGAAUUAAUAUCAGGGGCUCAGGAUCAAAAGACACGUUUGGAAAAUUUCCGUAAAUUUCGUGAAUUCAAAACGCGCAUACUUAUGGCCACCGACUUAAUGGCUCGAGGUGUGGAUUCGGAACAUGUAAAUUUGGUUAUUAAUCUUGAGCUACCGCAAGAUGUGGUGACUUAUCUUCAUAGAAUAGGUCGAGCAGGACGUUUUGGUUCUCAUGGUCUAGCCAUAAGUUUUGUGUCCUCGGAAAAAGAUCAUAAAACAUUUAAAAAACUUAUAACAGAAGUUGGCACCGGCAUGAAGGUAUUCAAAUUUCCUUCAAAAGACCAAACCGAAAAAGAACCAAGAGAUCUAUGGAAUUUUGGAGAAUUUGCAGAAGAUGCCAAAUACUUUGGUGUCUAUCAAAGUGAUAUGCAGAAACUAUUGGCUCCUUUGGCCUCACAAGAUAAUAUAACACUUUCAUCCUCUUUAUCUGAUAAUAAGGAAAACCUUACAAAUAAUAUUUCCUCCCAGCAACAAUCGUCGAUUGACACCAAUACUUUUCUAGUCAAUUCUAAAGAUAGUGCUUUACUAGUACCCAACUUGUCUAGUGAACAUUUUAUUGCUCAAAAAAUCGCCAUAAGUCCUACUUCAAAUAAUGAGGCUCUACUCAAUGACUUGCCGCCCUUAGGCACUCCACCACCACCGCCAAAUCCUUCGGAAAAUCUUAAUACAGCUGGUGAAUCUCAUAAUAGUUCUUCACAUCAUUUAUUAACUUCGAAUACAAUUGAUGAUGCUAGUAGCAUUGCGGCCGAUAGUUUGCGCAGUAGCCAACAGGAUAUUUCUCGUUAUCAAUCGGUUUUAAUGCAGAAAUCGGCUAUACCUACUUUAGUAGAGUUUUUGGUCGAUCGUCAUUCUUCACAGGAUUCACAGACAAAGGAAAAUGGUGAACCAUGUACGAAAAUUGAUCUGUUUGAUGCCUAUACCAAGGAGGUUUUAAAUAAUAAUGAAUCUUUGACUGAGCCUGUUAUAACCUCCGAUGAACCCUUGUUAUCCUCUAAUAAAUUAGCUCAAUUGAAAUCUUUACUUAUCGAUAAACCCGAAGAAAAAUCACCCAUCAAUGAAGUACAAGAUUUGUAUUCCGAUUUUGCCAAUUUUCAAGAAGAUGACAUUUCGACUUCUGUCUCCGAAGAUAUUGAUAAACAAACUUUUAUACUAUCGGUAGCUACACCUUCAGUGCAACAGGAUUCAUUUUCAGAAUUACAAAAUAAUUCUUCAGAUUUAUAUCCAGCUACAGAUGAAACAAACAUAAGCACCGAAACACCAAGAGGUGAAAAGGAACACAAACAUUUUCCCUCACCGGCACACAAUCAAAUGCCGGAAUUUAUGCCAGAUAUUUUGUCGGGACAAAUGCAAAAAAAUAAACCACAACAGCAGCAUCAAAAGUUACAGCAAAAGUUAUCCAUUAAUAAAACAGCUCAAAUUGAAAUUCCACCUUAUCAAUCUCCACCUAAUUCCGUGUCACCUUUAGUAAAUGCUUUGGAAAAUAAUGAAAAUAAUUCAACACCUUCUACUGAAAGAUCUUCAUCGGAUACUGCUGCUUCGCCACAAGAAGAAGUUUUAGAUAAUUCUGGCUCUGAUGUAGAACGUAGUGGUAAUACAAGUGGUUUUGAUGAAAAAACCUCAACUUCUGGUUCCUCGGGUAUAGAAUCCUCUGAGCAUAAUAAUGCCACAGUAGGACCUCAACAAAUUCCCUUGUACUAUACAUCCAGUGAAGAUGAUUCAUAUGAAAGUGAUGACGAAGAGGAGGAAGAAGAAGAAGAGGAAGAGGAAGAAGACGAUGAUGAUGAAAGUGAACAUUAUUUUAAUACAGAUGAAGAAGCUGCGGAAGAGGAUGAUGACGAUGACGAGGAUAAUUUAGUUGAAUGUUUUGACAAUACCAUGGCCACAAAUUUCCCUCUAAACCAUACUAGAACUACCACCACCCGUAAUCACAGCAGCAACUCAUCUAAUACUUUAACAAAUGCUACACCAGAUUCUCUUAAUUUAGCCUAUCAAUCGGCUUAUUCCCGCUGGGUGGAUUUAUAUUGGAAUCAAAUGACUUUGGUACAAGAUUAUGUUAAAUUUUUCCAAUUUACUAGACAACAACAGCAACAAAAUGAAUAGACAUAAAUUCCAAUUAAUUUAAUUGUUGUCUAAAGGACAUUCGAAUUUUCUUGUUAAUUUUUAUAUUUUGUUUUUAAGGAAUCUGGUAUUUCUUUAUUAUUUUUCUAUGAAAAUCUAUAGAUUUGAAUUUAAUUUUAAGACUACCUUAACUGAAUUAAAGCAUAUAAAUAAAAGUAUUAUAUAUAGUGGAUAUAGAAAGAA